AUGUGCAUUGCAUUGAUCUCAACUGCACACCCUUCAUACUCGUUGAUCGUCAUCAACAACAGAGAUGAAUUCCUCCACCGUCCAACAUCACCACCAGACUGGUGGCCGGAGCCAGCCUCACAUGUCCUCGGCUCACGGGACCUAGCCCGUGCGACACACGGCACUUGGAUGGGCGUCACCAAGCAGGGCAAGAUAGCCGUUCUGACUAACUACCGCGAGGAGUCAACCAGCCAAGCUAUCGGAGUCUACAGCCGUGGCCUCAUCGUCAAUAGCUGGUUGACUGGAGCCCCGGACAAACCAGAACCCACCAAGGAGUUUGUCCAGGGAAUAGUGGCCAGCCCAGAAGCAAAACACGUGGGAGGUUUCAGUCUGGUGUGUGGGCACAUCAACGAGCCCUUGGCUAUUGUUUCCAACCGUUCCUCAGACAUGGAUAAUAUCACCUGGGUGGCAACAGAAAAGAACCAGACGCUUGGACUCAGCAACACAAGCUUUGAUGACAGAACCUGGCCAAAGAUUAUCGAUGGAGAGAAACUGAUGGAGGCUGCUAUUCAAGAGCAUGUGGAGAAAGAAGACGAGGAUGAGGAUGCCUUGAUUGAUCGUCUGCUGCAGGUUCUCUGUUCCGAUACCUUACCACGACUGUCGGAGGAGAAUGCCACGAUUGAAUCCUAUAUCCAUGUUCUGCAAAAGAGCAUCUUUGUUCCUCUCAUUGGUGCUGCAGACGAUCGUGAUCGAGCCGUAGAGACGAUGGCUGCGGCUCGGGUAGAGGAUGAGGUGGAUACCCCAACAAACGGACCUCCUAACGAGAGUUACACCCGUGGAUCCUACGGGACACAGAAGCAAACCAUUCUCCUGGCACGGCCAGACGGACGUGUGCGAUACUUUGAGAGGACGUUGUAUGACAAUGAUGCCAAGGCGGUGCCAAUCGGACAAGGUGAUCAUUCAUUUGAAUUCAACAUCACCCCAUAG